CGGAACGUUUCAGCGGCUGCGGGAACAAGCACGGAAGGGAAAGUCGACGGGAACAGCCCCGGACCGAGUUGACGGUAACACCCGCUGGACACAUGUGAGUGACCGCGUCGUCGUGGAUACGGAGCAAUGCAGCGGCUGUACAUCGGUGGGUUGAGCCACACAAUCACUCAGAAGGAUCUGAAGGAUCGGUUUGGGAAGUUUGGAGACGUGCAGGAUGUUGAGCUACGGACCAGGAGAGACGAUGAUGGAGUUCCUUACAAAACCUUCAGCUACAUGAACAUCAACAUUUCAGAAGCUGACCUGAAGAGAUGUCUGACGGUGCUGAACAAAUCCAAAUGGAAAGGAGGAACUCUGCAGAUUGAAAAUGCCAAGGAGAGUGUCCUGCACAGACUGACUCAGGAGCGUCAGGAGGCGGAGGAGCAGCGCCUCCAGCCGCCUGCACCUGAAGACAAGAGGCAGAAGCUGCUCGACUCCCUGAGCAAAGCCGGCGUGGACAACUUCCACAUGAACGCUGCAGUGCCGGGGACCGAAGUCCCGGGACACAAGGACUGGGUGGUCAGUAAGUUUGGACGAGUCCUCCCCAUCCUGCAGCUCAGGUGUCAGAAAGGCAGCAAAGCUCGAACCCUGAACUACGACCCGUCCAAAUACAGCCACAACAUCCGCAAGCUGGACCGAGGCGAAGAUGACCAGCACACCCCUGUCACCCAGCUCACCUGGGAGGUACAGGGAGGGGACGAUGACAUCAGCAAAAAGAGGCGGGGCGAGUUCCCUCCAUAUGUGCCACCAAAACCCAAAAAGAGUCGGAAAAGCGUCACCAACUCCCAUAAUGCAGUGAGCACAACCAGAUUAGAGCCGACUGUUCAUUCCGUCCAUGUCCCCGAGCCCGAGCCCGAGCCCGAGCCUGAGCCUGAACCUGAACCUGAACCUUUCAGCAACGGAUUUCCACUCCCAACCAACCAAAGACCGGCUCCGAGGAGGUUGGUACCUUUCAGUGGCUACGAUGUGGAUUCGGACGACGAAAUCCGCAUGCUGGUGGCCGAUCAGAACACCUCCCAUGGUGCACUGAGGCAGGAAGUGGAGGAUGAUAAACUGGAAGUGGUUGGAUUAGACUACCUGGUGAAGUCGGGACGUUCCUGUAGGCCAGAUGCCAAAGACGAGGAUGACUAUGAUUCUGCUGACACAGAUGAACUCUUUGCAUCCAGGAAACCUCCUCCUGCUCCUCUUCCUCCUCCAGCUCCAUCGCAGGAGAAACAGACCCAGCCCGCUGCAGAAAACCGCUCAGGGAACAACACGGAUAAGAAGAAAAAGGCGAAGAAGAAAAGUAAAGCUGGAGCAGAAGAGGAGGAGAAGGAGGAGGAUUCAGCAGAUGCUGAAGAUCACAUAACUUCUGCCCCUUCUCAGAAAAAAAGCAGCAACCAGCGUAAGAAGUUGGUGGUUCUCCCUGUUGUGAAGUCCUCUUCCUCAGAGGAGGAGGAGGAGGAGGAGGAGGAGGAUGAUGAUGAUGAUGAUGAUGAUUAUGAAGCCAUGUUUUCUAACGUCACCCAUCUGGAGAUCUCCAUGGCUGAUCUACAGAGGCUAGCUGAAGAAGCCAAGCAGACCUCUGAGACUACAGCUCCCAGCAUCCCUAGCGGCAGCCCCGAAAAAGAAACUAACCUCAUAUCUGGCGUCACAAAACAACCCGCACCCAAGAAAGGCACCAUGCCAGAAGAGAUCCUCGCCUCCAUCAUGCGGGGCUACUGCAGCGAUGAUGACAAGAAGAAGAAGAAAGGGAUGCUGCCCGCCUUCCAGGGAACAAAAACAUUGUACAAGGGAUUAGAAACAAACGACUGCCAGAAGAGACAGAGAGAGGAGCAGCAAGCGGAGAGAACAGGAAGUGUGGUCAAAAAACACAAGCUGCACUCAGAAGCUCCUCAAGUGGACCAGAAAGCAGCUGAAAGCAAAACCAGUAAAAGUUUGAGCAAAGGAAAACACAAAAAGACAGAGAGCAGUGAGGAGGAGGAGGAGGAAGAGGAGGAGGAGGAGGUUGUGAAGGUCGUGAAGGUCGUGAAGAACAAGGCUGCUACUAAAGUUCCAAAUAAAUCUGCUGUUAAUACUGAGAAACCGGAGACAAGUCCCUCCUCCAGCAGCGAUGAUGAGGAGGAAGAGGAGCAGAGGAUGAAGACCAGUCGGGCUGUUCCAUCAGCCAAAGCUACAGCAAAGACUUCACCUUCAUCCUCCAGCUCCUCUGCUGAGGAAGACGAGGACGAACAAGAGAUUGUCUCUGCCAAAGGUGUUGGGAAAACAGCAACUCCCCCUGUUCCUCACAGCGAGUCGUCGUCGUCGUCCUCCUCCUCUUCCUCCUCCUCCAGCGACGAGGAGGAAGAGAAAGUGCAGGUUCCCUCCCGGGUGACGUUAGGAGCCAAGGAGGAAGAGGAGCAGCAGAGGAAGGCCAACACGAGGAGACUCGCUGCCAUCCAGCAGAGAAUGAAGGAGACCGAAGAACACAAGAAGCUCAUACAGGGAGCUCUCUCCAACGUGGAUACUCCAAAACCAGGAGCAGGAAAACAUAUUGUCUUUGGCUCUGAUGAUGAGGAGGAUGAUAGUGAUGAAGAUGUGCAGCAGACAACCUCAGAUGUCACAAUGUCAAAAAAGAAGACCCUGUUCAAGGACAGCCAAUCAGAAUCAGAGGACGAGACCACGGAUGAUGAGGCAUCAGCCAAUGAGAAGAACCAAACAAAACAGAAGGUGCGUCUGAAGCAGUCAGGCCCUCAGCUGUUUGGCGGCAGUGAUGAUGAUGAAGAGGGUGGUGAUGAAGAGCAGGAUGGCAGCAGGUUUGACGUCAGACCUGAGUUUGAAGGUCGAGCCGGUCAGAAGCUGAUGAAGCUACAGUCUCACUUCGGGGCAGACGAGCGAUUCCGAAUGGAUUCUCGCUUCCUGGAUGAAGAUGAGCGCAAAGACGAAGAGCCAGAGAGGAAGAUGACCGAGGAUGAUGGGGCUCUGGAGGAGGAGAGGAAGAAGAACCUGUCCAUCAUGCAGAGCGUCCUCGGCAGCAGCCAACAAACCUGCAGCAGCAAGACUGCCGGCAAAGCCAAGACCUUCAGAGACGUGUCAGCGCUGCACUACGACCCCAGCAGAGAGGAACAUGCUGCGUUUGAGACCAAACCAGAUGAAAACAAAGAGAGCAAGUCGGCCAGGAGGAAGAAGAGGGAAGAGGCUCAGAAGCUUCCGGAGGUUUCUAAAGACAUUUAUUAUGACGUGUCUGGAGACCUGAAGGCCGUGUUUGGUUCGACAAAGGAUGACAUCACUGAAGAAGAAGAAGUAGAAGAAGAUGAAGAAGAAGAAGAAGAAGAAGAAGAGAAGACAACCUGGGACCAAGAAGAGGUAGAGGAAAAAAGAGGGAAAGAAGAGGAGCCGACUCCGGUGACGUCUCUCGUCUCUGCUGAUGUAGAAAAAGAGGAGUCUGGAUUUAAAUUCUCCUUCUUUGGAGACGAUGCAGAAACAGAAAUUAAAGAGACGGCAGAGUACAAGGUGGAGAUUAUCGAAGCUCCAAAGGUGUCAUGGCAACAAGACCCACGUUUCCGAGACAGCAGCUCAGAGGAGGAAGAUGAGGAUCAGGAGGAAGUUGAGGAGCAGAUCAUUGCUACACCUAAAACCACAGAAGCAGAGACUCCUGCAAAGACCGGUCUCCUCUUCUUCUUCUACCCUGAGGACAGCAGAUUGGCAGAGGGCCCGAGGUUAUUCUGUCGUCCCUCUCAGCUGGAGGAGCAGAUAGAGCAGUGGGAAGAGCGGAGGACCACACUCCGACAGGAGUAUCGCAAGAAACACAAGGACGCCCGCAGAAAGCUGAAGGUCUCCCUGAAAAGCUGAGGAUGAUGGGAAGUCUGUUUCACUUUGAAUACCCUCGUCUGGACGUUACAGUUAGCAGAUUUAUUUCCUCUCGUUUGAUUUGUUGUCAUAGACUGAUUUUAACAGUCAACAGGAGAGAGAACAAACAGCAGCUGAAGACGCAGACUUGAAGCAAAACAUCAAGAUCAUCAGAAUAUAAAAUGUGUUUUUUUUAUUCUAUUAAAUCCUCAGAGAUCUUUUGUAAUCAGAGCCUCCUGUUGUUCUUGUUAGUUUCCUGAAUGACAGGCAGCAGCAGAAACAGAGGAUCUAACGAAUAGAGAUUGAAUUUAAUAAUAAAAUGAAUAUCAAAAGGUCGGACAACAUUUCUGCAUCAUUUUAUCUUUGACUCUUGUCUCAGGAUUCAGGGUGGAAGUUAUUUUUUGGCCUAUAAUCAAUUUAUUCUCAGUUUGAUCCUCCAAACAUCUCACGUCUCGUAUCUCUGGGCCUGAAACUGAAGGAUGUCAUUAGAUUGUUGUGAUUGGAUGGUGACUCAUUUGGGUUUUUGCAUCAUCACAGUAGUUUUGAUGAGAUGAUUCAGUGUCACUUUGUGGUUUAAAAUAAAGUGAAAUGAUAUUUUGUAUAUUUGGAAAUAAAGCUUUGUGUUUGUGAGAA